AUGGCCAGGGGCCCUGAUGACACGUGGAGGUGGGCGACCCUGGUGGUGCUGGCCGCCCUGGGCACAGCUGUGACAGCGACCACCAACCCCGGCGUCGUGGCCAGGAUCACCCAGAAGGGCCUGGACUACGCCUGCCAGCAGGGAGUGGCUACUCUGCAGAAGGAGUUGGAGAAGAUCACACUUCCCACUCUCUCCGGAAGCUUUAAGGUGAAGCCCCUUGGGAAAGGGAAGUACAGCUUCUACAGCUUGGUUAUUCAUGGAUUCAAGCUUCCCAAUUCCCAGAUAAGACCGUUGCCCAAUCAAGGCCUUCAUCUCUCCAUCAAAGAUGCCAGUAUCAAGAUGAGUGGAAAAUGGAAGGCACGAAAGAGUUUCAUCAAAGUCAGCGGCAACUUUGACCUGAGUGUGGAGGGCAUCUCCAUUUUGGCUGCUCUCAAGCUGGGUUAUGACCCCACCUCGGGCCAAGCCACCGUCGCCUGCUCCAGCUGCAGCAGCCACAUCAACAGUGUCCGUGUACGCAUCUCGCGCAGCAGCCUGGGGUGGCUGAUCCAACUCUUCCACAAAAAAAUCGAGUCUUCGCUCCGAAACAGCAUGAACCGCAAGAUCUGCGAGAUAGUGACCAGUGCCGUAUCCUCCAAGCUGCAACCUUAUUUCCAGACACUGCCAGUGACAACCAAAAUAGACAACGUGGCUGGGAUCGAUUACUCUCUGGUUGCACCUCCAAAAGCCACAGCUGAUAGGCUGGAUGGGUUGUUGAAGGGGGAGUUUUUCAGGCUGGCCCACCGCAGGCCCCCUCCCUUUGCCCCGCCGGCGCUGACCCUUCCCACCGACCACAACCGCAUGGUGUACCUGGGCAUCUCCGAAUAUCUUUUCAACACGGCCGGGCUCGUGUAUCAAGAGGCUGGAGUCCUGAAUCUGACCCUCAGCGACGACAUGUUUCCAAAGAAAUCCAAGUUCUUCCUGACGACAAAAUUCUUUGGAACCCUCCUACCCCAGGUGGCUAAGAUGUUCCCUGACAUGAAGAUGAAGCUCCUCAUCUGGGCCCCCUCCCCACCGAACGUCGCCGUGUGCCCCACCGGCCUUGACCUCACUUUUUCCCUGAAUACCCAGGCCGUUGCUGUCCUCCCAGACUCCUCCUUGGCCCCCCUCUUCCUGCUUGAGAUGAACAUGAACAUUUCCGUGGAUAUUCGUGCCAGGUCCGACAGACUUGUUGGAGAGCUCAAGCUGGACAAGCUGCUCCUGAAACUGAAGCACUCAGACAUCGACCACUUCCCGGUUGAAUUGCUGCAGAAUGUCAUGAACUACGUUGUGCCCACUGUCGUGAUUCCCAAGAUUAACAAGAAGCUGCAGAAAGGCUUCCCUCUCCCGCUGCCCGCCUCCAUCCAGCUCUUCAACCUGGUGUUUCAGCCUCACCAGGAUUUCCUGCUGUUCGGUGCAGAUGUCCGCUACGGCUGA